UUUUUCAAAAGGUGUCCCAUAAACAUGGAAGCACAGAAUCUAACAGAUGUCUCAGAAUUCCUCCUCCUGGGCCUCUCAGAUGAUCCAGACCUGCAGCCCCUCCUCUUUGGGCUGUUCCUGUCCAUGUACCUGGUCACUGUGCUCGGGAACCUUCUCAUCAUCCUGGCUGUCAGCUCUGAUUCCCAGCUCCACACCCCCAUGUACUUCUUCCUUUCCAAUCUGUCCUUGGCUGACAUCAGUAUCAGCACCACCACCAUCCCCAAGAUGCUAGUGAACCUCCAGACACACAGCAAAUCCAUCACUUAUGCAGGGUGCCUAGCUCAGGUGACCUUGUUUUCUCUUUUUGGAUGUUUGGAGAGUCUACUUCUGACAGUGAUGGCCUAUGACCGGUUGGUGGCCAUUAGUCACCCCCUACACUACCUGGUCAUCAUGAACCCCUACCUCUGUGGCUUGUUGGUCCUGGGGUCAUUUUCCAUCAGCGUUUUGAGCUCCCUGCUGCACUCCUUGGUGAUGUCACAUGUUACCUUCUGUGCAGAUGUGGAAAUCCCUCAUUUCUUUUGUGACCUUUCUCAACUCCUCAACCUUGUCUGUUCUGACACCUCCGCCAAUAACAUAUUAAUCUAUUUCAUUGGUACAAUCUUUGGUGGAAUUCCUCUUUCAGGGAUCCUUUACUCUUACAGUCAUAUUAUUUCCUCCAUUCUGAGAGUCUCAACAUCAGGUGGGAGGUAUAAAGCCUUCUCCACCUGUGCCUCUCACCUGUCAGUUGUUUGUUUAUUUUAUGGAACAGGCAUUGGUGUGUACCUCAGUUCAACUGUCUCAUCUUCCCCCAGGAAAGCGGCAGUGGCCUCGGUGAUGUACACUGUGGUCACCCCUAUGCUGAACCCCUUCAUCUACAGCCUAAGGAACAAGGACAUCAAGAGUGCCCUGUGGAGGAUAUCAGCAAAAUACCUAAUGUCAACACCCAUGCUAUCUUUUUUUGGUUCAUAG